AUGAACCCCAGCAAGAGCAAGAACCAGCUCAGACGCGCUAAGAAGAAAGCCCAGAAGGCUGAGGCUUCUUUACCUGUUGAAAAACAGGAUUCCCCCAAGCAGCUCCCAUCGGCUUCUACCUACGAGGCUCAUCCAGUCGAGCCCAGCAAUGAUCUUUUGCUUGACCCAAGUGACUCUCUAUGGGAGAUUUACAAGGAUGUUGCUGGCAGAUUCGACGAAACGACUCCCGAUAGCCUUUCAAAAGAAUCCGAGAAACCUGAGGUUUUCUUCGACGACGGCGAUGACAUCCCCGAUGAAGACUUCGAAACCGAGCCGAAGAUCUCCAAAAAGAAGCGCAAGGAAAUGAACAAGCUUUCCGUUGCCGAGUUGAAGGCGAUGGUCCGCAAACCCGAAAUCGUUGAAUGGACAGAUACAUCUGGAACCGACCCUCGGCUUCUGAUCCAUAUCAAAGCUCAUCGCAACGUAGUCCCAGUCCCUUCACACUGGUCGCUUAAACGAGAGUAUCUGUCUUCCAAACGUGGAGUGGAGAAAGCGCCAUUCGCAUUGCCGAAAUUCAUACAAGAAACAGGAAUCUCUGAGAUGCGUGACGCUGCGUUGGAGAAACAGGAACAAUCCUCUUUGAAGCAGAAGCAGCGCGAAAGAGUCCAACCGAAAAUGGGCAAGUUGGAUAUCGACUACCACAAGCUUUACGAGGCGUUCUUCCGACAUCAGACCAAACCGGCCCUGACUCGCCACGGAGAGAUUUAUUACGAAGGAAAAGAAUACGAAACAAACCUCAAGCAUCUUCGUCCCGGUGAAUAUAGCGAUGAAUUGAGGGAGGCUCUGGGUAUGGCUCUUGGAGGCCCCCCUCCAUGGCUUGUGAAUCAGCAACGACUAGGCCCUCCGCCGUCUUAUCCUGCUCUGAAAGUCCCGGGCCUGAACGCGCCUCCUCCAGCUGGGGCAGUGUGGGGAUACCACCCUGGAGGGUACGGUAAGCCACCCGUGGAUGAACACAAUCGUCCAUUGUAUGGUGGGGACAUAUUCGGUGUCCUCCAACCCCAACAACAGGCCCAGCAAGGAGAACCCGUCGAAAAAGAUCUGUGGGGCGAAUUGCAAGAAUCAGAGGAGUCCGAAGCAGAGAGUGAAGCGGAAGAGGAUGAGGAUGAGGAGGAAGAUGACGAAGCGGAUGAAGACCUUCGUUCUCCCGGGGGCUUGGCAACCCCAAGUGCGAUGGACUCAGUGCCACCAUCUGAGUUCAUCGGAACUGAGAAUGUCUCGGGUGAAUUUGAUGUUCGCAAGCACCAUCGCGGAACUGAGACGGAAGAACAUGGAUAUCCUCGUGCUGCGUACCAAGUGAUACCAGAGCGACAAACCAAUGUAGAGGGAUUCUUCGGCGGGGACCGGGCAUACGACUUAAGUGGCUCGACGGGCAAACCCCCAGUCCUUGGAGCGGAAGAACAGAACCGGAAGCGAAAGAAGCCCGGUGAUGUUGAGGUUUCGGUUGAUCUGGAUGCUGUUCAAUCCGGCGACGGAAUCAGCAAGGAGAGCCUUAACAACAUGUACGAGACACAGAGGCAGCAGCAGAACCAGCCAAGCUGGGGCUUCCAGGAGGAUCUCAGUGAUAUGAUCGCACAGGAGAGUCGCAAGAGACUCCGCAAGGAAGAAGAAAGACGCACCAAGUCUUGA